AUGUCAGGCAGAGGCAAAACCGGCGGAAAGGCCAGAGCGAAGGCAAAAAAUCGCUCUUCCCGCGCUGGGCUCCAGUUCCCCGUCGGUCGUGUUCACAGGCUGCUGCAUAAAGGCAACUACGCACAUCGCGUUGGUGCCGGUGCCCCCGUCUACCUGGCGGCUGUGCUGGAGUACCUGACCGCUGAGAUCCUGGAGCUGGCUGGAAACGCCGCCCGCGACAACAAGAAGAGCCGUAUCAUCCCCCGCCACCUUCAGCUGGCCGUACGCAACGACGAGGAGCUCAACAAACUCCUGGGCGGAGUGACCAUCGCUCAGGGCGGCGUGCUGCCCAACAUCCAGGCCGUUCUGUUGCCCAAGAAGACCGCAGACGGAGGCGCAGUUUGCCCUGCGGGACAUAACAGCUGACACAACACGUUUCUACUACGUUGUGUCAGCUCUUGGAAGUUCAACAGCAUCCCGGGUGGUGAGUCUGCUGAAACACCCUCCAGCUACGGACAAGUAUGAGGCACUCAAAGCU